AUGAGUUAUUCUCUAUACUACUCUGUGGGACGUGACAAGUACAUCACGUAUGUAGGUAUAGAAGAGUUAGAAGGUUCAAUAAGGAUAGGAGAUGUGUAUGCAUAUGCUGAGUAUUCUCCACAGGUCUGUUCGCCUGGCACAAUCGUUGUUUCGAGGUUAUAUACCGCGAAGAUUGGUAAUGAACAUAAAGUCGAUGUACAGAAAGCGGAUCUGUCACGUGCUGGAAUAGUGUAUUAUUCGGGAAAGGUAGACGGACUGAAAACGGUGAGAGUUAUCAAGACCGGUACAAGAGUCGAUAACGGACAGGUGCUGAGAAUAUACAAAAGACGAGAAUGCUUGUGUGUGCCUUUACCUUAUUACUGGCAGAAUGGAACGGAUAAUAUUAUGGACGAGAGUGUUGCAGAGAUAUUUGAUAACUGUUAUGAGAAUAGGCACAAAGAUGCGUGUAUCAGCAAAGAGAAGGCACGAAAUGUAGAAGAAAAAGAAAAUAUUGGUGAGAAAGGCAAUGAUUGCAGUGGAGGAUGUGACGGCGAUACUGGCGAAGGGCAUGGAAACGGAAAUGACUGUACUAGCGAUACCAAUAAUAUGCAAAGCAUGCAUUGUGGAGAGAUGGAAAGUGGGGAUAGUGCAGUGACCUGUGACCGCUUCAGCAGCCAAAAAGAUGGACAGCACUUAAACGAUGUAAUACAAAAGAACAACAUAGGUGAGAAAGAUUCAAAGGACGAAGAAGAGCACAGUGUUAGGGACCAAGAAGAUGAAAGCGCAGCAGCAAAUAUACUUACUGAGGAAGAUGAAUAUUUUGUUAUUGAUGAUCAGACUGUCUUCAUCAAUGUGGGAAACAAAAGCUUUACAAAAAAAAUUUACGCGAACAUCAGCCUUCUUCUUAAGACUUAUGCACGUGCAUUCAACAGCCUUUACUUUCCUACCAAAUUAAAGCGCUUGGGAAUCGAUCCGAUAGAUAAGAUUGUGCUAUCCGGUGAGAUAGGAACUGGCAAAAGAACUUUCUGCAUGAUUAUGAACGAUUUUCUCAACACCAACAUGAAGAUAGAAACGUACAGACGCGCGUUCUCGAUACGUACCGGUGAGGAUGAAGCCAACAUAUUGGAUGAGUGCGGUUUGUGUAUGGAGAAAACGAAAGAAAUGUCUUUUUUUAUUGUUAACGACAGCCAUUUAUUUAAUUUCUAUCGAUUGGGAAAUGUUUGUGCCAUGAAACUCGACAGACCGGGCAAGAGAGUGAUACAAAGAAUUUUGGGUGAUUACGGUUUAAACAUUGUAAAUGAUGUGCUUGGAAUGAAUUACUAUGAGAUAUUUAAUUUAAUAAGUGAGUACAGGGUGUAUGGUAAUCGUAUGUGUACGGAGAAAGAGCAAGCAACCUUUAUCAAUGGUGGAGAAGGUCUACGUCUUAAUCGUAGCUUACCUGUUGAUAAGCGACACGAUAAUGCACGUGUAGAUGUUAGUGAUAAAUGUUCUGAGAACAGCACCGAUGGAGAAAGCGUUCUCACAGACAGAUUACAGGAUUUGUCCCUUUCGAACAGAUCUACAUCAGCGAUUAACGAUUAUUUAACAAGGAUCAAUAGAAGAACGAAAAGAGACGAGCAGCUCAAUUUCAAGAACAUAGCAGGAUACCAAAAAGUUAAGGAUAUCGUAGCAGAGUGCUUAACGCGUACACAUACCGAUUUGAUCGACUAUCCCACAGGGAUAUUACUGUAUGGGCCGCCAGGAUGUUCAAAAACUUUACUUGCUCGCUCAUUGUCAUCAACAUUUAAUUACAAUUUCGUGUACUUUAGCGGGUCAUCCAUAAAGAGCAAAUGGGUCGGUGAGAGCGAGCGUAAUUUGUGUGAUAAGUUUCGUGAGGCUGAACUGAUACAGCCUUCGUUGCUAUUUAUUGAUGAAAUAGAUGCGAUAGCGUGCAACAGAGACACAUCGUAUAAUCAUGAAAUAUCUCUUGUUAAUACACUGCUUAGUCUGAUGGACGGAAUCGAUAAGAGACAAACAAUUGUAUUUGGUAGUACUAAUAGGAGGAGCGGUAUUGAUAAGGCCUUACUAAGACCUGGUAGGUUUGACAGGCAUAUUUACAUUGGUUUACCUGAUGAGUGCGAUAGAAAGGAAAUAAUUAAGCUAUACCUACAUAAAAAGUAUGAUAGCGACACGAAUUGUUCGAUCGAUAGUGGUGUAAUUGAGAGUGGUACAGCUCAUUCGAACGGUACCAGCAACGUAUUGGUUAAGAGAUCAUCUAAAGAUGAUCGUAUAGACAGUACGGUUAGUGAGUGUACUGUUGGUGGGAGUAGUUUGUAUUCCAGUGCCGGUGAUUUGAAGAGCAUAAGUAAAGCAAAUGAUGUUAUCAUGAUCAGUAAUAGUGAAGUGAAAGAUGAAGAGCAAAAAGGGGUAGUGAAGGGGAAGGGAGGAUCGAAGUGUAGAAUCUGUCUUAGUCCAUCACCAACGAACACCUUUUGCUACGUUAAAUGGAAUGUGCUAGUAAGAUCAACAGAAGGAAUGUCGGGUGCAGAACUGAAGGCUGCUGUAAAUGAAGGUAAAAUGCUGUUUGCCAAGAGGUAUAGGAGUAGUGAGUGUGCAGGUAUGAAUUGGACCAGUUUUAUUUUGAAGGGGGUACAAAUUAUAAAGGAAUACAAGGAAUGAUUCCAUCGUGGCAAAAAUGCUUUGCACCCAGAAAGUAUCUUUUCACUCCAUAGAAAAUAUCUUUUAGCUACCAAAAACAAGCAAUAGCACAGCGUGCACGCAAUAAAUAGCAGAUCAACAGUACAGUGAACCUAUUCAUCGCGGUAAUGUAAUAAGUUGAGCAGUAGUUGAAUUAAUAAUUAAAUUUAAUUAAG